CACUGCCGUUCACUGAUGCUCUCACUCCACUCCUCACAAGCAUCCAAGAUGCUGGUCAGGGUACUCUUGGGUCUCCUGGCGGUGGCACGUGGAACUCCGUGGGUGAGUUCAGAGCCUUUACUCCCCGUGCCCAUACCCAUCCCCUUCCAGACACCUUCCUCCAGCGCCUCCAGCAACUAUGGGAUACCAAGAAGUGACUACACAGCGCUGCAACAUGGCAUCAGCAGCAGCACGAGUAUUGCCAAUGACUUCCUAUCCUCCAUCAUACGGUUCGGCCUGAGCAUCCACGACGCUGCCCGGGCUACUUUCGGCUAUGGUGACAGUACCAGUAGUGGGUAUGGGUACGAGGCUCCCAAUACUGGUUAUGUGCCCCCUGCUAGUGAGUACGGGACCCCUGCCUAUGAAUACAAACCCCCUGCUAGUGAGUACGGGACCCCUGCCUAUGAAUACAAACCCCCUGCUGAUGAGUACAAGCCCCCUGUUAGUGAGUAUGUGACCCCUACUGAUGAGUACAAGCCCCCUAUUAGUGAGUAUGUGACCCCUACUGAUGAGUACAAGCCCCCUGUUAGUGAGUAUGUGACCCCUACUGAUGAGUACAAGCCCCCUGUUAGUGAGUAUGUGACCCCUACUGAUGAGUACAAGCCCCCUGUUAGUGAGUAUGUGACCCCUACUGAUGAGUACAAGUCCCCUGUUAGUGAGUAUGUGACCCCUACUGAUGAGUACAAGCCCCCUGUUAGUGAGUAUGUGACCCCUACCGAUGAGUACAAGCCCCCUGUUAGUGAGUAUGUGACCCCUGCCGAUGAGUACAAGCCCCCUGGUAGUGAGUAUGUGACCCCUGCCGAUGAGUACAAGCCCCCUGGUAGUGAAUACGUGACCCCUGCCAAUGAAUAUGAGCCUUCGACAUAUGAUUACAGUCCCCCAGCUGAGAAGUAUGGCACCCCUGAGACUGAAUAUGACCCUCCUAAGAAUGAAUAUGGCACCCCUGAGAAUGGAUAUAAGCCUCCUAAAAGUGAAUAUGGCCUCCCUUCUAAUGGAUACCUCCCGCCACCUAAUGAGUACAAGCCCCCUGAGGAUGAGUAUGGCUCCCCUGAAGAUGAGUAUGUCCCCACUGAAAAUUACUAUGUCCCUCCUAAAACUCAGUACAGUUCCCCUGAUAAUGAGCACGGUUCUCCUGUUACGGAAUAUGGUACCCCCGAAGAUGAGCAUGGCCCUUCUGGAAAUGAAUAUGUCCCGCCUGAAGAUGAGUAUGUCCCCCCUAAAACUGAAUAUGUCACUCCGGAAAAUGAGUAUGCUGUCCCGGAUAAUGAGUAUGGUGUCCCGGAAAACGAAGAAAAAGACGAUUCUGACCAUUACAUCGCGAUCAUCACCUACCCGGACACUCCUGCCCCUACAUACAUUAUCCCUGUCGAUGAUUACAAGGAACCUAUCAAUGACUACCAGGAACAUUCCGAGGGCCCCUCUGUAACCGUCGAAGAGGCACAGCUGAUUGGGCAGAGUAAGUUCACGACUGGUCAUGUCAUUCCUUUGACUAGCCAACAGGUUUAUACUGACAGCACCACUCCUUCCAGUGCCUACACGACCCCUGCUACCAAUUACUCCCCUGCACUGAAACACGCCACUUCUCCUCCCUCCUACACCACCUCUGCACCAAGCUACACCACCUCUAGGCCAAGCUACACCACCUCUGUCCCAACGUACACAACCAAAGCACCGAGUUACACCUCUACUAACAGCUACACCACCCCAAUGCCUAGCUACACCACCAAGUCUCACUACAACUCAGCAUUCCCAAAGCGCAACCCGUUCUCCACCAGUCCACACUACGCUAAAGAUUCCACAUUAACCUCCUCUACACACUUCAGCUUCCCAAACAACAAGGGCCAUGGCACACGCCCCACGGGACACAGCAACAUCGCCAUCAUCUUUGGCGAACCCUUACGUGAAUUGAGGCCCAAUUUCAACAAUCUCAAGGUCUCCAGACAGUCACGCUACAGAGGCGACCUCAGAAGUCCUGCCACCAGUCUUUUCUUAAACGUAUCCCCACACAGGUCCGGGCUACGGAAACGAAAGACAACUCUGCCUGAACGGCCCAGAGUGGCUGUCUCCCAAUCCUCGUCAACUGUUAAUGGUUUCAGGCCCAUUAUCACAACCACUCUACGACCCACGAGUGCUGGCUUUAGGUUGCCCAAUGUGAACCAUCUCAGACAUAGUGGGUCCACUCCUACUCCACCAACCGUGACGUAUGGUGAGUUUAAACCAAUCAUCAGCACGACCCCACGACCCACCGCCGUGACUCACAGACCGCACCACGGAGGAGGCCUCAGACCAGUUAUCACGACCACGGGACAACCUAACACUUUCGCACCCUCGAGCACCCUACAGCCCCACAGGACAACUCCGGGAGGGCACAGCUUCACCACGCCCCACAGUCCACUCUUGAGGAUAGUCUUGGGUAAUCCGCAACUCCAUCUACCAAGGGAUAUCGUUUCAAAAGCACCACCCCACAACCAGAACCGCAAUGCUGCCCCAAUAAGACCUGGACACGGGAUCAACCAACCGACUCACCCAGCUCACGGCGUUCAGGUGUUCCAUAAAGGUGUGCCAGAUGUGAGGGUCCAAAUACCUGCCCAUACACCUGUCCACACACCUGUCCACACCAUACCUGCCCCUCAUUCCGCCCAGGUGCACGGGACGUAUGGCAAAAGCCAGUAUCAUUUCUCGUGGAAGGCUCUGCCGGGGCAAGUGUUCACGUGGAGCAAAGGGGACGAGUACUGCACCUCACUGGGCCCGGGCUGGGAGCUGGUGAGCCUCGAGCUGCCCGACGAGAACUUCUACAUCAGCCAGGUCGUCGCCAAAGAAAACGUGAAGUACAUCUGGCUGGGAGGCUUUAGAGAACCCGGGUCAAGGUUCUUCGUGUGGCUGUCAGGAGGCGGCUUCAAGGGAUACAACUGGAGCUCAACUGGAGGGAGAGGCGUCCCCCAGCCAGACAACAGGGAGGGCAACGAGUACUAUAUAGCGCUUCUCAACAACUUCUACAAGGACGGCAUUAAGUGGCACGACAUUGCCAACUCUCAUGAAAAGCCAGUGAUUUGUGAGAGGAGGAACCCUGGCCCCCACAAUGCCCACGUGUAGAUGACUGAGUGAUGAUUGGGUGGUGGUGGAACGGUAGCCAAAAAGAGGUGAAUGGUGUGAAAUAUUUAGCCUUUUUUUUUUUUUUAAGAGAGAGAGAGAGAAGGUAUUAAGAAAAAUGAAUUGACUGAAUGCCUGACUGGUUGGCUGAGUGAAGCUACAACAAUAGUUAGAGGUGAAUGUUUUUACCCUUUUCUAGUGAGCUAGAGAGAGAGAGAGAAAAAAAAAAAAGACAGGAAAGGAAGAAUGUACAGUUAGCAAGAUUUCAGAAAGAUAGUGAAAAAGAGAGGCAUGGAGAGGAAAAGAAAAAGAGAAAGGAAAGAAAAGUCCACGUGUCGACCGUAAAAAUAAAGAGAUAGAGAGAAGAGAAGAGAGAGAAAAAGAGCAAGAGGUGUAAGAAGGUGAAAUAACAAGAAAGGAAGAAUGAAACGAAAGAAGGAAGAAAGAAAAGAAGGAAGGAAGAAAGAGGUAAUAACACACACACAUACGCACUCUUGCACCUGUACUUUGCAAGACAGGUGCGAAGGAAGAAGGUAAAAGCAAAGAGAAGAGAGAAAAAGUUUACACAAGAAGCGAAAGAGGAACAGAAGGAAACACGAACAGAAAUGAAGAAUAAGGAUGAACAAGUCUAUAUAUAAAACCACAAAAUAACCUUUAAAAUAAGAAAAAAAAAUGUGUUCAAAGGUGUAAAGGAAGGACGAGAAGAAAAAGAAGAAAAUGCGAAAGAAAUAAAAGAAGGGAAACUGAAGGAACAAGAAGAAAUUGCCGAGGAAACAAGGGAAUGAAGAUAAACGAGGACAAACAGGAAGAUGGAUAAGAGAGGUGAACGAAGAGGAGAAAGAAAUAAAGGAGAUUUAAAGGAAAGGAGGAGGAAAGAGAAAGAGAGGAGAAACGAAAGGAAAAGAAUAUAAAAAGUAAAAAAAAAAAAAAAUUAUCUACCCCCUCUCCCUCUUCCUUCUUUCGCAACUGCAGAAAGAGCAAAUAAAUACGAAGAAAAGGAGGAAGUAAAGAAAAAUGAAAAAAAAUGGAAGCAGUAGUAAGAGAAGAAGAGACAUAAUAGGAAAUGGAAAAAAGAAAAAGCAAACAAGAUACCACAAACAAAGAAGAAGAAGAAGAAGAAGAAAAA